CGAAAAAGAGAGAGAGAGAGAGAGAGCGGAGAGACGGAGCAGUGAGCGCCUGGAUAUUCUCAGGAUUUUAAACAUAAAUGAAGUUUAUAUUAUGAAAUGAAAAAAAAAUGAACAAUCAUCUGGGGACUUUAGAGAAGAAGAUUUAAAAGGAAAAUAUUCGGCCGUUUUUGGGGACUUUUCGAUUCAGAUCCCGCAGAGAGAAGAGAGACAGCUCUCCAGUCAUGCAGCACUACGGGGUGAACGGCUACUCGCUCCACGCCAUGAACUCACUGAGCGCCAUGUACAACCUCCACCAGCAGGCGGCGCAACAGGCCCAGCACGCGCCGGACUACAGGCCCUCAGUGCAUGCCCUCACUUUGGCAGAAAGACUGGCUGGUAAGAACUAGUUGCUUAUCUUGUGGUCUGAUCAUCAACUUAGUAUUUAAAUACUGUAUGGAUCACUGUCCUUCAAUUAAACUGGGCAUGUUUUCUUUUCUCUCAACGGUUGUACAUUUCAAGACAAUCUAGAGGCCCGAUAUGGCUCCCAGCACCGAAAGCAGCGGCGCAGUCGGACAGCAUUCAGCCAGCAGCUGGAGGCCUUGGAGAAAACGUUCCAGAAAACCCACUACCCUGAUGUGGUGAUGCGUGAGCGUCUGGCCAUGUGCACCAACCUGCCUGAGGCACGCGUCCAGGUGUGGGUCAAAAACCGUCGAGCAAAGUUUCGUAAGAAGCAGCAGCUGCAGAAGGAGCAGCUCCAGAAACAGAAGGAGGCGUCUGGACCCGCAGAGGGCUCCACAGAUGACUCAAAAACUGACCUCAACUCCGCCAACACCAACAGCACCACAGCGGUUGCAGAAUCUCGCACUCCUCCCCCUCCCUCCUCCUCUUCCUCCUGUCACUCAGAGACGGAGAGGCUGGCAACUGCUCAGCCGCAGCUGGGAGAGAUGAGUGUGGAAGUGAACGUCACUUCCCCAGAGCCAUCGGACAGCGAGUCAGUAGCAGAAGAAAGUGCUGACAGAGAAGAGGAUGAAAUGAGAGGGGAGACAAGGGGAAGGAUCAGGGAGGAGACGCAGGGGGAGGGGGGAGUGCAGCCAGGGAGCGGCUCCCCUUCGUGCAAACGUCUGAGCCCCACAUCAGACUCUCCUAUGAGCUCCCCCACCUUGCCCUCCUCAAGCAGCGCAACCACUGUGCCGCAAGGCAACUCCUAUGCCUCGUCUCCUCUCAGCCUCUUCCGCCUGCAGGAGCAGUUUCGGCAGCACAUGGCCGCCACCAACAACAUGGUGCACUACCCGUCCUUUGACAUGAGCACGCAGCCCUCUCUGCCCUACCUGGGCAUGAACGUCAACAUGCAGUCCCCACUGAGCUCGUUGCCCUGCCAGUCCUACUAUCAGACCCUUUCGCGCCAGCAGGUGUGGAACAGCCCGCUGCUGCAGACGCCACCAGGCACUCCCUGGAAGCCUAACAGCAAGACCACCAGCAUUGAGAACCUCCGUCUGAGGGCCAAGCAGCACGCAGCGUCACUGGGACUUGACACACUCCCUAACUGAAGCUCAGACUGCCCAGUGUUCAUGUUCACUCUCCAGUCAGGGCUGUACCUGUGAAUUAUGGGUCCUUUCAACCUGAGGCACCUCUUGGUACAUCCACCUUCUUCCUGACCACUCACUCUGUCUCCAAUUAUGUGUAUCUGACCAAAACACUCCAAAAGUUCUUAAGAAUUAACCCAGAAAAAAGUUUGAUUUUCUGGUUUUGACCAUGAAGAUAACUACAGAGACCAAAAUAACCCAAACUGCAAAUUUAUGCUUACACAAACCUGUUAUUUGCUGUUUUCUAAUGUGUCACAUGAACCCAAUUCUAAAACCAAAGCAGCACAAAAAAAACUUUUAGCACACACAUAUUCAAAAUUGUUGUAUUCUAAGACACAUUCCUCCAGUUUUGGUCCCUGGGUUUCCAUCACACCUUGACUCAUCAUUGUAACGCAUGCAGCUCACCACGCCAAGCAACCAAAUCAUGAACAUCUCAGCUUGAGGCAGAAAAAUGACAGACUUUAUGAAAAAAAUUCCAACUUGACCGCAGUUGUGAUUGAACCUUUGUGACUGUUUGGCCAGUGAUCACAGGAUAUUUGUACACAGCAGCGUAAGCCAACUGUAAUAAUUCUAGCCUCUUACUUUGACUUCAGCCUCCUAUGUGAAUACCAGGCAGGAGAUCUUGAACACCUGAGCAGUCGGUUUCAUUCACAGAUAUUGAAAUAUUAUAUAGUAAACUCUUAAAUGUGACCUAUGCAGGCAUGCACACCCUCUGCAGCAUGGCUUACAGCUGCAAAACCAAGAUGAAGAUCCACAUCAGAAAGGCUCAGAUGACUCAAUUUAUCCCUGGCCAAAUGUAUUUUUUACCCUGCCUUGUUUGAAGUACCAGCACUCAGCUCAGCAUCCAACAAUCCAUUGAGCGUUUUAAAUAUCCGUCAGUGUUUGCCUUCAACUGUCCGGCUAACAGAGUAACUCAUAUUCCUUUUGUGUGAAGAAUUUCAGAGGAAACUUUCAAUUUAUUCUUGGAUUUUGGCUUUAAGUGAGGGACCUAUACGGGGAGAAAUAAAGGAGGCACGGUAACUCAAAAUGAACUCCAGGCAGAUUUUGUUCAAUCGGGUGCCGGAUUGAACUCGAAAAGUCGUCACCUUUUCUGAGCCGACGGCAUAUUCAGCAGAGAGAUGCACAGGCCCGUUCUGUAUGUAUUAUGUCACUGUAGAUUAAAGACAUGUAUUUCUCAAUUGUUUAAGAUGUAAGUAAUUUAUCUGUUCAAUGCAAAGGGAAUAAAUCAAACAUAAGAAUGA